AUGCAGCGCGUGCCGUUGAAGUGCAACAAGGAUUAUCCGAUGACUUUGUACGUGACGCAUCGUGCCGCUCUUCUGGGCCAGAUAAAAAUUAGGGAGGCGAAGUUCUCCGACAGGGAGGGCGUGCAGGAUCUUUUGCAAAGAAUACCAAAAUCGAAACAGGUUUUAAUGGACUUCGAUGUCGCGAUGAACGAGGAAGAGCCAUCAGGAAUGCGCGCCGAGGAAGAAAUCACGUACGUCAGGCGACGUUAUCACGUGGAAGAUUACAUCGCUGAGAAAAAUAUACGUAACGACGCGUACGGGCGUAUUCUACAUUUCGUCCUGAUGCCAAUUUUCUCCGUUCAUCUGCCCUACUUUUUCUGCGAGAUCUCCCGUUUCAGCGGCAUGGUCGUUCUUUACUAUCGUCUUACGGGAAAAGCGUCGAGUGCAUUGGUAACAAUUCCUCGCGAUUGGGAUUGCACUUUCGUUCGAAAGGUCUUGGGACGUCUUCUCGAUUUUAAAUAAAAUUUUCAUUAACGAAUUAUUAAUUUUUCAUUGAUCAGCGGAGAAUAACUUUCGCCAGGAAUUUCAUUUGUAGAUGACCGCAGUGAUUUAUACCAAAUUUUUGAAAAUUUUAUUUUGCGACGGGGAUCAGUGAUAAGAUUUAAUUAAAUUAAAAGUAAUUCAACUGUAAAUUGUAGUUCCAUCUGAAUGAAAUGGUUCAACUAUCAUUGGACUAGCAAUAAGAUCAGCGUAAGAUCUGUAAAAAGUAAGAAAAUAGAAAUAGAGCGUGUACAUGCAAAUAUUUAAACUUAGCGUUAUCGGUUAUCAGUACUGGUAUCGUUACAGCGUUUAUUUUUCGGUACUUAAUAUAGAUUAAUAACGUACAUACAUCAGUAUCAUCUAAGUGACAUUUUUCGGUAUUUAAUAUAUUUUUAUUUCUUUUUUAUUUUAAUAUAUUCUAAUAUAUUUUUCUUUUAUUUUAAUUUAUUUUAAUAUAUUUUUAUUUUAUAUAUUUAAUAUAUAUUUAUUUUAUAUAUUUUUUAUUUUAUUAUUUUAAUAUAUUUUUCUUUUAUUUUAUUUUAUUUUAAUAUAUUUAAUAUAUACAUCUAAGUGACAUUUUUCGGUAUUUAAUAUAUUUUUAUUUUUCUUUUAUUCGGUAUUUAAUAUAUAUUUUUCUUUUAUUCGGUAUUUAAUAUAUAUUUUUAUUUUUCGGUAUUUAAUAUAGAUUAAUCACAUACAUACAUUAGUAUCAUCUAAGUGA